AUGCGUCGGUGGCCAAAGAUGCCCGCGCUCCGGCCAGCCGCCCGGCGCAGGUGCGGUACGACUUGGGCGGCGAGGGGCCAGCGGAGGCGGAGCCCUGGGCUCCAGAAGGAGGAGCAGGAGCUGGCGGAGGAGUUGGGGCCCGAGGCGCCAGAGGGGUCGGGCUCCCGGUACCGGGUGGUGCGGCAGAUCGGCAGCGGCGCCUACGGCACCGUGUUCGAGGCUCAGGACACAUUGGAAGACAGGCUGGUGGCCAUCAAGCGCGUGAAGCUGGAGAACGACCCCGUCCACCUGAGGCGCACGCUGCGGGAAGUGGCGCUGCUGAGCAGGCUGCGGGGCGCCGCCAGCAUCGUGUCCGUCCUGGACAUAAUGGUCCCCGUCCGCGACGGGCGGUUCACAGAGGUCCACGUGGUCCUGGAGCGGUGCCGCACAGAUCUGCGGAAGAUUUGCAGCACCGUGGCGGGCCUGACGAUGUCCCAGGUGCGGCGCAUCCUCUACACCACUACGCGAGGCGUCGCCUACCUCCACUCCGCGGGCGUCUGGCACCGGGACCUCAAGCCGGCGAAUUGCUUGAUGUACCCGGAUUGCGAGGUGAGGAUCGCGGACUUUGGCCUGGCCCGCGCGGUCGGGCGCCCCCCCGCCCGCCUCCCCGACCCGGACCCGGCCCGGCCCCGGGCGUGCCCCGCGGAGCAGACGGCCGGCUUCACCGUCCACGUGUGCACGCGGUGGUACCGGCCACCGGAGCUGCUGCUGGCCCAGCGGGAGUAUUCGGGCGCGAUUGACGUGUGGGCGCUGGGCUGCAUCUUCGCAGAGCUGCUGCAGUGUGUGGAGACGCCGCCCGAGGCCCGCCAGGGGCCCCUCUUCCGGGGAGACUACGCGCGGCGCGUGGGAGGCGGCCACCUCGUCUGGCCCCCCGAGGCGCCACGCGCCCCGCGCGACCAGCUGGACAUGAUCUUCAACAUGAUCGGCGUGCCCUCCGUGGCGGAGCUUGCGGAGCUCCAGAACCAGGAGGCCGUCGACCACGUGCUGGGCUUCCCGCCCCGCUCCGCCUCUGGCAUCCAGGCGGCCGUGCCGCAGGCGGAUGAGUGGGCCCUGGACGUGCUGCGGCGGACGCUGAGGUUCAGCCCGCCCGACCGGAUGACCGCCCGCGAGCUGCUGGAACACCGGUGCGUCGCUGGGGUGCGGGACCGGCAGGGGGAGAGCCUCGCCGAUGAGGUCCUGACCCUGCCGUUCGAGGACGAACCCGACGACAUCGGCCGCCUGGCGGAGUACCUCGUGCACGAGCUCGAGCACUUCGGGGCCUUUGGCCGCUCUAGCAAAGGAAAAGGCAAUGGCGUGUAG